CCUAUCAACGGUAGAGUCAACAGAGUGCCUAUAUAAUAAGAAAUGUCCACCAAUAAUCACUGUGCUGAAUUGAAUUCGCUGCUGUUAAAUAUGCCGAGCUUCAAACCCUUGCCUAUGGCGACUGGAUAUUUGCAUUCAGAAAACGUCUUCAAAGAUCGAUUUUUUAUUUAGCCCGUAAGACUAGAUUGUCUUCAUGCUAUUUUGUUGCUGAUGCAGGUGUCUUCGAUUUGAAUUUACAGAGGUUCAGUUCUUUAGAAGUUAUUUCAAUUUGUGGUGUAAGGCCCAGGGUUCGAUUCCUGGGAAUGGAGGUGACGAGUCUUAAUCAACUAAUGGUCCAUGGCAAUGGAGAGUCAGGAACAGUAAGAAGGUUGCAAGAGCUGCUAGCUCAACCGGAUAAUCAAAUUUGUGCAGAUUGCAAUUCUCCGUAUCCAAAAUGGGCGUCAACAAAUAUUGGCGUUUUUAUUUGCAUAAAGUGCUCUGGUGUGCAUAGAAGCCUUGGUGUCCAUGUAUCUAAGGUUUUAUCAGUGACACUGGAUGAGUGGACUGAUUCCCAAGUUGAUGCUAUGGUUGAUGUGGGUGGAAAUGCAUCUGCAAAUGCAAUAUAUGAGGCUUUUCUCCCUGAAAAUAUUCAAAAACCUGGACCAGAAGCAUCCUCUGAAGAGCGUUCCACUUUCAUUAGGCAGAAAUAUGAGCUACAAGAAUUUGUCAAACCUAGCCUACGAAUUGCCUCAUCUGCUUCUUUGAGCCUCAGCUCAUCAUUGCAAAAUAUGUCUUCCAGUAAUGGCCUGGGGCAUACUGUGGAGGAAAAGCCAAUAGGGAAGAUGAGUCAUGCCUCUCGCCUUUCUGGACUUGGACAUGCUUUGCGGAAGAGCUGGAGAAAAAGAGAUUCUGAUAGUAAGGAGACAAAAAGAAACCAUUCGCUGCUAGGUAUGGUGGAGUUUGUAGGUUUGCUAAAGAUCAAAGUUGUCAAAGGCACAAACCUUGCUGUGCGGGACAUUGUGUCUAGUGAUCCCUAUGUUAUUCUGACAGUUGGGCACCAAACAGCAAAGACUAAAGUCAUUAAGAGCAAUCUAAACCCAAUAUGGAACGAAGAACACAUGCUCUCUGUCCCGAAUCCAAUGCCACCUCUGAAAGUUCAAGUAUUUGACAAAGACACCUUCUCAUCAGAUGACAGCAUGGGGGAGGCUGAAGUGGAUAUUCAACCAUUGGUUUCAGCUGCAAAUGCAUACAUAAAUGUGGGUGGCUUUGGAACCAUGCAGAUUGGAAAAUGGCUAGCUACAAGUGACAAUGCACUUGUAACUGAUAGCAUAAUCAAGCUUGUCGAUGGACAUGUAAGGCAGGAUAUAAUCUUGAAACUGCAAAAUGUGGAGUCUGGAAUAUUAGAUCUGGAGCUUGAGUGUGUUCCCCUCAGCCAGUAACUUCAUUUAUUUUUGAUGGAAGUGUACUAUAAAAUACCAUGCACGUCUGGGUAUGUUAUUUGAAACUAGUUUGCUGUAUAAACUGAGGGAUUAUUUAAAGCCAUUGGGUCAUGCUCAUAUAUUUGAGUUGAUGAACUGCUGCCAAGUAACUUUAAUGUGUAAAUUGAAUUGUUCUGUAACAGGCAUUCUUUUGUAACAUACAUGACUGGAAUAAUUGAAGUCAUCCAGCUUUGUUAAUACUGGGUCACAAAGAUCUGUAAGAAGAAGAACUUCACUUCUAUCGAUGCUUGAGCAUAGUAUAUGAAGGCUAUCAAGCUACAUAAUUUCUGGAAGGGAACAGAUGAAGUAAACUUUUCAAAUAAAUGGAAUUAGAAAUCAAUUACGAAAAUUCUAGUAAAUCAAUGUUCUUGUCAUAUAAUCAGUGAUGAAUAUAUACAAGAAGAUGCACAUAUUGUGAGACUGAUGAAAGUGUUUAAGCUUAUUCAGGUAAUUAUCACUCAGAAAGAUAAACCUGGAUAUUUUCCUUUUCCAUGCAAGCCAUUCAAUGAACAUUAGGACCGGGCAGUGGAGUGCAGAUUAAAACCAGUGAGGUUCUUCUAAAGCUGUCAAGUAUUGAUUCCUAGAAGAGCCUGGACACAUCUCUGUAACAUUAUUACAUCCAUAAUUUAUUCAGUGCAAAGCUAAAAUUCUAGUCCUGUGGGCUGCUUUCUUAAACCUUCAUAAGCAAUGAAAGCUAUGAUAUUAAUCAAGAUUUCAUAAGCUUUCUGGGAAGAGACAACGUCAGUUGAUGGUAUCUUUGUUCUCUAAUUGGGAAGUUUUAAGUUGUUUGCAUAUUUUA